AUGGUGGUGAAGCCGGCGCCGGGGAGGAGAUCGUCGGAGCCCUUGGGGCCGGCGGCAUGCGAAAGCGACGCCAAGAAGCUUGAGUUCAUAGAAGAGAUGACGGCGAAUGCCGAACAGGUGCAAAAGAGGGUGCUUGCCGAGAUACUCGAGCGAAACGCCGAAACAGAGUAUCUACGGCGACACGGCAUGAGUGGCGCCACCGACAGGAAAGUUUUCAAGGAGAGGGUUCCAAUCGUCACCUACGAGGACCUUAAGCCAGAGAUACAGCGAAUCGCCGACGGCGACCGCUCCGCCAUUCUAUCUGCCGUUCCCAUCUCCGAGUUCCUCACGAGCUCUGGAACUUCAGCUGGGGAGAGAAAGCUGAUGCCUACGAUACAGGAGGAGCUGGACAGGAGGCAGCUGCUCUACAGCUUGCUCAUGCCGGUGAUGAACAUCUACGUUCCAGGUCUUGACAAAGGCAAAGCCCUCUAUUUCCUCUUCGUGAAGACCGAAAGCACAACGCCGGGCGGGCUGCCGGCCCGCCCGGUCCUCACCAGCUACUACAACAGCCACCAUUUCCGCCACCGCCCCUUCGACCCGUACAACAACUACACCAGCCCCACCGCCGCCAUUCUCUGCCCGGACUCCCACCAAAGCAUGUACACCCAAAUGCUCUCCGGCCUGCUCCACCGCCUCGAAGUCCUCCGCGUCGGCGCCGUGUUCGCCUCCGGCCUCCUCCGCGCCAUCCGCUUCCUCCAACUCCAUUACCGCUCCCUCGCUGCCGAUAUCUCCGACGGCUCGCUCUCCUUUGACCAAGUUUCCGACCCAUCUAUCCGCUCCGCCGUCGCCGCUUUCCUCCGGCCUGACCCGGCUCUCGCCGACCUCCUGAUCCGAGAGUGCGGGUCAGGUGAUUGGGCCGGAAUUGUCACCCGAAUUUGGCCCAAUACUAAAUACCUGGACGUUAUUGUAACUGGGGCUAUGGCCCAAUAUAUUCCGACGCUCGAGUAUUACAGUGGUGGGCUUCCCAUGGCCUGUACGAUGUACGCUUCCUCUGAAUGCUACUUUGGGAUUAACUUGAGGCCCAUGUGUCGGCCCGAUGAAGUAUCGUAUACAAUCAUGCCGAAUAUGGGAUACUUUGAGUUUAUACCGUGUGAUGAGUCCACGGCGACGGACGCGGCGGCGCCGGCGACGGCGGUGGAUCUGACAGAGGUGGAGGAAGGGAAGGAGUAUGAGCUGGUGAUCACUACAUAUGCCGGAUUGUAUCGGUAUCGGGUCGGCGAUAUUCUGAGGGUCACUGGAUUCCACAAUGCAGCGCCUAUGUUCAGAUUUGUGCGUCGAAAAAAUGUUAUACUGAGCAUUGAAUCGGAUAAAACAGAUGAGGCAGAGCUACAGGCGGCAGUGGAAAGGGCAUCAAAAUUGGUAGAGCCAUAUGGGGCAAGUGUGGUGGAAUAUACUAGCCAAGCUUAUACGAAGGAAAUACCAGGCCAUUAUGUGAUUUAUUGGGAGCUAAUGAUGAGAGGGGAAGGGGAAAAGGAAAUGCUAGGAGCUGAGAUUUUGGACAAUUGUUCUUUAGAAAUGGAGGAGGCUUUGAAUAGUGUGUAUAGGCAAAGUCGGGUCAUGGACAGGUCGAUCGGGCCGCUAGAGAUUCGAGUAGUACGACCCGGUACUUUCGAGGAACUUAUGGACUAUGCUAUAUCAAGGGGAGCUUCUAUUAAUCAGUAUAAAGUACCUAGAUGUGUUACCUUUUCACCGAUUAUUGAAUUACUUGAUAGUCGGAUCGUGUCUACCCAUUUCAGCCCGAGGCUGCCAACUUGGGUGCCACAGCGACAUAGCUUGACUUAA